UAUGUUUCUACUGAUUCCUUUGCUGGCGGUCACCGCCUCUGCCCAGUUGCCACCUAAACCAUAUUUCAACAUUGGCGACGCUCACAACCUGUUCCAAGAAUAUGUACAGAAACACGGCAAAGUAUACAACCCCGAAGAAUACUUGAAACGAUUUGACAUUUUUAAGCAAAAUCUAGAGCGGAUCAAUGACCGCAACUCGAGAGAUCCACAGAACGAGGUCGGAAUCAACCGUUUCACAGAUUUAACAACCGAAGAAAGACGCCAAUAUUUAGGUUUUAGGCGCUUUGAUGCCGCGAGUGAUGAUCGAGCUAUUAGGCUGGAGUACCCCGCUGAGGCGAUCACAGCGCCCGACCAGUUCGACUGGCGCGACCAUGACGCGGUCGUGAACGUGAAGGACCAGGGCCAUUGCCAGAGCAGCUACGUGUAUAGUGCCAUUGGAAACAUUGAAGGGCAGUACGCCAUUAAGCACAAGAAGCUAAUCUCUCUAUCUGAGCAAAUGGCAAUAGAUUGCAUGUUUCAAUCUACGCUACAACCUAGCAUGUGCAUGGAAGGCUGGCCUGAUGAUGUUAUGACUUAUUAUCUUAUUAUGGCACCUUAUUUUGGUGUAGCAUCUGAAAAAGAAUAUCCUUAUACUGGCGGAGAACACCGGCAGAAUUGUCAACGUGUAUGGAAUAGAACUAUUUCAACUGUUACUAACGUAACGGGAUUCCAAAUUGUUAUCCCGAAAGACGAAGAAACGUUAAAGCAGUUUUUGUACGAAACAGGACCUUUGGCAGUAGGUUUUGAUUCUUCCGAGUUGUUUGAAUACACAAAAGGCAUCUACAUCCCGGCUGAACACUACUGCCUCUACGAGCCAGAUCAUUCCGCUCUAUUAGUUGGCUAUGGAAUAGAAAACGGCACGAAGUACUGGACUCUAAAGAAUUCAUGGGGGACAGAGUGGGGAGAAAAAGGCUAUUUCCGUCUGGUGCGCGGUAAAAAGGCCUGCCAUAUGGGCCUGGCUUACACGGCCACGUGCACUGUAUCUUAAUUACUAAUUAAUUAUAUGCAUUCCAUGCGCGAGCUUCGAGAAGUUAGGUUUGGACCCAAAACUUCCAAAUUUCGCCUCACGGGAAACAAUCUCCAGCUUCCUCAAACCACAAAUCCAUGGAGUCCGUGUAUGUAUAAUUUGCAAAUCAAGACGAAAUAAAAUUCGUGAGACAACAAUUACAAUUUUUCGCCUUCGAUUAAGCCUAAAUUCUUCUCUUCUUCUUGGCAUUGUACUUAGUAUACAUGCAAUAAACGCAUUUAAAAACAA